ACCCGGGCGGGCGGCGGCGGCGGCGGCUGUUGGCGUGCGCCGGAGAGCGGACGGCAGCGGAGGGAGCGGCGGGCCGCGCCCGGCGAUGAGGCACGAAGCGCCCAUGCAGAUGGCAUCUGCUCAAGAUUCCAGAUAUGGCCAGAAAGAUACAUCUGACCAGAACUUUGAUUACAUGUUCAAACUGCUCAUUAUCGGCAACAGCAGUGUUGGGAAAACCUCCUUUUUGUUCCGAUAUGCUGAUGAUUCCUUUACGUCUGCAUUUGUAAGCACGGUUGGGAUCGAUUUCAAAGUAAAAACAGUUUUCAAAAAUGAAAAAAGAAUUAAGCUACAGAUUUGGGACACAGCAGGUCAGGAGAGAUACAGAACAAUUACCACAGCUUACUACCGGGGUGCAAUGGGCUUCAUUUUAAUGUAUGACAUCACAAACGAAGAAUCUUUCAAUGCUGUGCAGGACUGGUCAACUCAAAUCAAAACAUACUCUUGGGAUAAUGCCCAGGUUAUUUUGGUCGGUAACAAAUGUGACAUGGAGGAUGAACGGGUAAUCUUCACUGAGAGAGGCAAACAUUUAGCAGAGCAACUUGGAUUUGAAUUUUUUGAAACAAGUGCCAAGGACAACAUUAACGUCAAGCAGACGUUCGAGCGUCUCGUGGAUAUCAUCUGUGACAAAAUGUCGGAAAGUCUGGAAACGGAUCCCACCAUUGCUGCCAGCAAGCAGAACACACGGCUAAAGGACACCCCGCCUCCACAGCAGCCCAACUGCGGAUGUUAAUGCAGCUAUCAGCAAAGGCAGCUCCAGUCUGUUCUGUUGCCAACAGAGUAUUUAUGAAUGGUCUAUAUGCCUUUAUUUAUACUGUGUUAUUAAUUUAUUUGGGAGAAAAGUCCUUUGUUUUACAUCAGCAGCUGAUCGAGUACGCAUAUGGCGAUGGGGAGGUUAUCAGUCUGAAAGGACGAUCCAUUUUUAGCACCUGGCUUUUGCAUGCAGGAUGGCUAUUAGUUUCUCUUUUCUUUUUUGCUGCUUUACAUUACGCUUACUUCAGCUGGUGCCGUGUCCUCAGACCACAUUUGCCUAGAAUUGACUCUUGCUUCAUCAGUUUCAAAUUAUAUAGUUGAAUCCUUGGGGUAGUGGCCAAGGUGUUUUAGAUAUGCUUUCCUGAUGCCACUUAUAUUUUCUCCUGACUGAAAAUUAAUUUAGAAAAUUAAAUUUAGAAGUAUUCCCCUAGUGAGCCAAGGGAAUUCUGUCCAGAUCAUUUGUAUAAGGGACACUUCUUGGAGUGUAUUGCCUUGGCAAAUUUACACUCGUUAUGUUACACAUCAUGGAAACUGAAGAAGUUAGAAAGAAGUUAGUCCCUGGACCAAAAGCCACCAAAAUUCCCUGUGAGUUUACACCUUUCUGAAACUGGAUUUAAUUUCUCAUUCCAUUAUUACAGAGAUCCCAGUAGUACCUACCCCAGUAGUGGAGGGCUGACUAGCUCUUUCCAUUUCUACCUGCAUGAGAUAUUAAACCCAUAGUUUUACAUUACCCCUGGCAGAGCCAAAUCCAUUAUGCUUAGUUGUUUAUAGCCUAAAACUGUCUUGCCAUGAUGCUGUCUAACCUGAAUACUGAAGUUUUCAGGAAUAUCAUCUCCCAUUUAGCCUCUGAGAGAACCAUCACCAUACUGGCUACAAAUGCCUGCAUUGUGCUUAGACCUAUUGCAGAAGUGCUGCUGCUGUCAGUGAACUGGAGUUUGACCUCGUUUUCACUUUGAUGGGGAUAUUUAUUUUGACAAGACAAUCAGAGUUUCACAAGAUUUUUAAAACUUUAGGAGUAAUAAAAAGUUGUCAACAUUUCUAGUGUUAGGCUGAAUACAUUCCUAAGAUCAGCAAAAGGCUGUGAAGACAGCAGAAUAAAGUACACAAAUUCUUUUUUAAUACAGUGUUAAAAAUAGUCUUAUUUCACCGUUUUUAAAAGUACUCCUCUAGUAAUUGUUGGCAGUUUCUUACAUCUGUGCCCUGGAGUACUUUAUACAACUGCUUUACUUGCGUCACAGUUACAUUUUUUAACUAAGCGGCAUAAUUGAAGAAGUGUUAACUGUUUUAUUGUUCUAAUUAGACAGAAUUUAUGACAAGGCUGACAUUUCUUAAACUGUCUGCAGCAGGAAAAAUCAGAAGACAAUUAAAAAAAAAGGAAGUGAUACAAAGUAUUGCAAACUGCUCACAGCUACAAAGAAACACAUUACUUUUUUUGAAGCUAAUUUAUAUAACUCCUGAGACACACUAAGAGAAAAAAAGUCACUUUUUUAAACGGAUUAAGUAACCUACAUACACUUUGACACAGCAAAAAUGACUUCCAAAUAAGGCAUGUAGACACACGUAAAAUGGAUACACCAUCAGGACUCCACUUUGGCUGCCUAACUUAAAUGAAUAAAUGUUCUUUCUUCAGCCUGGGGUUUUAAACCAUGUGUGUCCUGUUAGCUAGUUUCCUUAAGCACUUGUUUGCCUAGUAGACAUGGAGACUGGACUUGUUUAGUUCCAUGAAGGAGAAGCACUGUCCUCUUUGGGGCUGAUGAGCAGCCAGGUGGAAGAGGCCUGUGCUGUCCCAACCAUAACCCUGCCUCUCUCCAGGGAUGCUGCUUUUCUCUCCCCCAUCUAUGGCAGCAUGUUGUUAGCUGUGCUGAGAGACUUUCAUUAAUAUCUCUUCACCCACUAGGUAACCACCACACUUGCUUGGGAAAAAGAUGUGAUAAGAAACUGAGGAAGAUGGUGGGCAGUUUUCCACCCUUUUCUUGUUAUGUGUAGUUACUCCUCUUGGAGAAAAGGGAGCAGGGAGCCUUGAGACAUCACUCAGCUUCAGCCCUCAAGUCCUUUUAGAAAAUGUUUAGGUUGUGUUAUUAGUCUGAGACCUUUCCAGCAAGGCAAGGAGAGAGGAGGCCAUAGUUACAUCUCACAUGAGCUUGGGCAUAUCCUGGAUCAUGCAUCAUGGCUACAAGUCCAAGUAUUCUUCCAGCUUUGCUCUGGGAUGCUUGCUGCAAAAUAGUCAUCUCCUGUGCACAUUGUAACAAGGAAGAAGGACUCCAAGAUGUCCCUUGCUACAGCCACGCCUUGCUUGUACUCCAUUGCAAUGAAUUCCAGACCCUUCCUGCCUCUUUAUGACCAUGUAGACUCUAAUCGGUGGUAGCAAUACAUCACUAGAAUAUAUGGGUUUUUAACAAAUUGAGUGAUAGAUAAAUAGUUCUUUACUUAAAUAGGAUGAAUUAAUUGCUUCUUAUUUUGCAUCAAGAGUCUGGGCAGAAGACUAACAGCAAAAUCAAAGAGGAGGAAUCUCACAUUUUCUAAGACAACUGACCUCCCUAGCCUCCAGUAUCUCUGACCUUCUGCCUGGGAUGGGGAGUAGCUGCUACCUAGAAUAACGUUGUUCCUUAGACUGCCAGCAGUGUGGUAUAACAAAAACAGCAGCAGAACCAGUCAGUAUUUAAAAAUUCCUAGGAUCUUUGUGUUGACGCUCAGACACUGUAAUAGGGUUCAGAAGUAGAUUAAUUUUUUAAGUGCUCACAAGAAAUCCUUGGAAGUUUUCAAGACUGGACUGGCUAAAGCCCUGGACAGACUGCUUAGACCUCUUAGUUUGACAGUGUUUUGAGUGAGAGGUUGGGAAGGAUGACCUUCUGAUAUCCCAUCAAACCCAAUUUGUCUUAGCAUACUUUCCUCUGAAAUUGAAAAUAUGUAGAAGUUCAAGUAGAUCUUUCCUUAACAAUCAGGAUUGCCACUGUUGGAAAAGUAGGCUUUGAUUUGUCAUCACAGUUUAGCUUUUGCAGCCAGAUGUUUCACACCAAUAUUGAGAUUUUUGCUAUAAAGUUUGCUCACAUUUAGAUCAGGAGUGUCAUGAUCUCAGUAGCUCUCUCAGGUUGAACCUGGAUAUUGUAGAGAAACAUGAAGACAGAAAGGCUUUUGAAAAGUAGCUGAUUAACGCUUCCCCACAUAUUCUAAAAAUUUAGUUUGAAUUCUGAGGGAACUAGCAGGAAGGGGAAUUUUAUUCUACUUAAAGUUAUGCCUUGUCCUAUUCAUAUGGUGGGAUGUCCAAAAGCAGCCUUUGUCAAUCUAGUUUGAUUUCUUCAAUCUUGUUCAGCUGCUAUUGUCUUAUGUGAUAGAACUGCAAUUUUCUUAAAUGCAAGUAGAGCUAGGCUGAACACUUUUGGAAAUCACAUCCCAACCUGAUGAAGGGCCAAAAUUUAAAUAGUGAGUGGCUUGUUCUUAACACAUAUCCAACAGUCACCAAUUAUGAGUUGUGCGAAGAAACAAGCAGGAUUUGGUUAGACCGCUGAUCUACCCACUGGUGUAGCACAGUUCUGUCAGGAGAAAGUACCAGGCUAAAAAGAUGGAAGAGGGAUGGAUGAUUAAGUUGAAAACUUGGAUAAGAGAUUCAAAUCUACUUUCAGCCUCAUUCUUGGUGAAAAAGUACUUGCCCACUCUGGACUAAUUUGUUGUCACUCUCAGCACAGAAAUAGGACUGAAUGUCACAGAGCCUUAUUGGUCCAACCACAGAUAACCCCUUCAGCUGAGAUUUAGCCCACUUGGCAAGAUACCGCAGCGAGCACACAGAGCAUGUUGAAUUUCUGAGAGAUUAGAUGGCUUUGGACGAAGGGUCCUGAGCUCCAUAGUGCCAGCUGAACUAAUACAACACAACCCAUUUUCCAAGUUAUGAUCUAAACUAAAGUUUUAGAGGCAGGCUAAUCCUGUGCAUGGAUAAUGCACCAGCCUUAUCAUGCUCUGACAGUGUCUUGCUUGCUGCACGUUCAAACUGGUGCUCAGAAAAUGCCUUGGGAGCACACAAGAGCCCAGGCUGUGGCUGGUUCCUGCAAUGCCUCCUGGCACCGACCAGCCAAACAGCUAGCAAGCCCUGCUGGGUUGAACCUUCAGAUGUAUGUUUUUGAUUCUGAUAAGAGUUCAUGUUCACAAGCGUUCCGCUCCUGAUAGCUCAACUAAUUUAGUACUGUAUCUUGUUGUUGUUGUUGUUGUUGUUGUUGAUUUGUUUAUUUAGACCUGUUUAUUUGGUGUUUGAAAUACAUAUGAGCUAGCCUGGUUUGCUGUCAAAAAAUACUCUUUCUGAACAGCUGUGUACGUGACUGUUACCUGGAACUGUUUGUUCCUUUGUGCUUAUACUUAAUGUAAUGCCUAGAGAAACUACCUGAGCAACUGCAUCUAUGUGGCCUUUCCAGAGCACCAGUCUGAAGGAUUAAGUUUUCUUCCCAGUCUGCUCAGCUCUGUAUAUUCAGAUUAAGUUUUCUUCCCAGUCUGCUCAGCUCUGUAUAUUCAUCCGCACCACCUGCACCUUCUUUAUUUUAGGAAUGAAGUGCUAUUUUAGGGUGCACAAAAUCUGCUGGAGUUUGAUCCUAACUUUGAAAAGUUAGAAUUUGUCAUUUUUAGGAGAAAAGUAAUAGUGGCACAAAUUCUACAUCUGAGGAUGAGGCCUUUUUUUCUUCAAUAGCAGACGAAUGAUACUGCAUUUGCGUUCCAAAAGAAGCUCCCCUCCCAAGUCGUGUCUCUCCCCCCCACACCCCCAACUUCUCUUUCUAUAUUUGUUUGAGAGAGGCAAGGUUUAUUUCUUACUUUCUUAAGGGGAUCAACUACAUUACUGUUCUGCAGACAGAAAGAUUCCUCCUUGGCCUGUUUCAUAAAGACAGACACAAAGAGUGUGAGCCUAGUUCUUUAGGAUGACGGAUUUAGCGAUGUCAGACCAUGAGUAUGUAAAUUCUCGUAGAUAAACCCUCAGGGGGUGUAAAGCAUGUCCUCAUGCCAACAGGGGAGUUAGUUGUGUUGAUUUAUACCAUUUAAUCCAUACACAUAGUCUCUUAACCCAUGCAUUCUGGCUCCAGAUUCUCCAAAGUUCAUCAUUUGUCAAGUCCCAUUUGUCAAGAUGCACCUAAUUUACAUUAUUUGAAUGACUUCUAACAGUUUUCUUUAUUAAAGUGAACAUUCCUAAUUUAAACUUUUCUUUUUCUUAUUUUUCCUUCUUUAUUUUUUUCCUUUGUUUAUCUGUGGAUGUUCAUUCAAGCAGAAGUUGUGACUACACAUAUAUAGUAUACACACAGCAGUACAUCUUUUACACUCAUUCAGCUCCCACUGUUACUUGUUCAUCUUCAAUGCAGCCUUCCCUAAAUGCCACAGUGGAAUUUAUCCAUAAAUUCUCAUUAGCACCAGAAAUCAGCUAGGUUACAUUUGCAGACCAUAGGUUUGUUACCCAUGGUUCCAGCAAAUGUAGUUGGGUUGUCAUUUGUAAAAUAAGGUACCUGGUAUUUGAUGGGGGUGGGGAAGCAAAAGUCCUAAUCUUCCAAUAACUUCAGGAUCAUGCAUAACAUGCAGAAAUGAAAGCUAGAGUUCGCUUACAACUUCUGGCGAUAGAUUUCCUCAAGUAAUUCUGACAUGUACCUGCAACUACUGUUAAAAGAUAUGUUUGUGCUGUAACUCCUGUUUAAUAUUUUGUCAGUAAUGUCAGAUGUGUUGUGGCUCAGUUGGAUUGUCAGAGUUUGUAAUCUAUAUAUUAGUGUUUGUGGAAUUCAAAUGUCUUAAAUGUUGCAUGAAAAUAUGUUAUAAAAAUAUAUACGUUUUCUAUUUUUGAAUACCUCAAAACUGAGGAAUCAUGGGCCAAUAAGUGCAAUAUUUAAUUAUUUACUCAGUGUAUAUAAACUUGUGUGAAAGGGAGAAGUGUCAUGUAUGUGUGAUAAGGUGUUAAUGAUGCCUGUGUGGCUUAAGAUUUCCAGUAGAUAUGUGUGUCUUGUAGUAAAAUUUAUAUAGUAAACACUUUACCAGUGUAGUGUAAGAAUACUCCUAAGUCAUUUAAACUAUUUUUCAUAUAUAAGAUAAUGGUAAAAUGUAUUUGUAUGUUUGCUGCAAGUGCAUGUCAAUUUUACUUUUAGAGUUGUGAGUGUCCUUUUUGAAAAUUAAGUUACACCAACACUGGUGGGACAGCGCUUUCAUUCAGAAGAUUCUUGUAACCAGUUCUAAUCUAUCUGCUAUAUUUUUAAAGCAUGUUCUCUAGAAGCAUUAAAAGAACCUCCUAGAGCUCAGCAGUUAUGGUGAGUUAUUAAUUCUAAAAGAAUCAGUUACAGUUAUAAUUACAUGCUCUGCCUGCCUGUAUUGCAUAAUAUAAUGUGGGCAUAUUUUCUUUAAUCUGGUACAGUUAACUCAUAAUACUUAAUUGAAAUAUUAAAUAGGAGUACCCAGUACUCUUGCAGAUGACUCAGAUGGUGCCCUGAGCUAACAUGACCUCGAAGGUCACAGUCAAAAUGGACCACACGGCAGAUGGUGACCUUAGUUAGUCUGCCAAUGAAGUUUCUUAACUUUUCUAGAUCCUAAAUAUGGAAGAUAAAUCCUUAAAUACAUUGACACAGACUUUUCACUCAACUGUUUCAUGGCCCUCAAUGUUGAACAACUCCACUCUUAGCAGUAAAGCUGAGGUUGUAAAUGGAAACAAAAUGCAGCCCAGAAUCUAACCACGAAAUUAAAGGGAGACAUCUAAUCAUUUCUUUUUAUUUUCCUGUUCUCCUUGCAUAUUUCUAAUAGUUCUCUAAGCACACAAGCAUGGCCAUCACUACAAAGCAAAACCCUUGGGUACAUUUUGGACCUUAAACCCUGAAUCACUGAUACACCGUGGGUUCCCAGCUGUGCCCACAACUCUGCAGAGGAGAAGCUUCUUCUGUUCAUUCUUACUACAUCUCUGGUUUCAAAGGAACAUGUAGUCUCCCUUGGGAAUUUGCUAAAUAGAGAUGGGCCGCUAAGUCUGGGCCAAGAGAAGUAACUGGUUUUGCUGAAUGGUUUUCAUAUCAAAUUAUUUUUGUUAGUACCACAUUAAAAGGUACAUAGGUAAGUUUUUAGUUUGAUUUGAGGCGUUUUUGUGACAAUAGGCAAUGUUGAUUCAGGUUUGGUUUUGUUUUUUUUUUUUUAAAUUAGCUUAAUCAGGAAAAGAACGAAACUCUACAGCCUACUGGAAACCAGUAUCAUGGUUUUCAUUUCCUAUGUCAUCAAACAUGUGAGAAAGCCAAGUAGCCAGAUUGCAUUAAGAGGCACAGAAUGGUACUUGCAAUGACCUGAGCAGGCCUUAAAAUGAAAACUUCAGCAAGAUUAUAUAGACCAGAGUGAAAUGAAAAUGUAUGUGGAGAGAAAUUCAGGAUUACUUAAUAAAAAAAGUAAAUUCUUCAUAUCUUUGUAGCUGAGCAGCAGGCAAAGCAAUAGUCAUAAUAUGAGUUACUACUUCAAUACAGAUACACAGAUUGCUACAGGACUGGGGAUGCUUACCUAAACUUUUUAUUGCAAAGUGACCUGACUGUACAAGGGCUGACAGAUAAUUUUGCCUAGCAUUUUUGUUAUUCUUCAUAGACAUGUGAUUACAUACACAAGGAUAAAUGCUUACCUUGAAAAUAUGUAGCUGUUCUGGCUCCCUGAGGCUAACUUGCUUGCUGAAUUGUUCUUGAAGAAAAGUUGAAGUACUUGCUUAGGAUACAUUUGUAAGGGGGUGAGACUCAAUCUGUCCCUCCUCCCCUGACUUUUACUGCAAUAUAGUUACUGUGGUUCUAAAAAAUAUGUUAGUUUAAAAUGCUACUGGGUGACAAAUUUUGUGAAUCUUCUGCAUACAUCCACAGGAGCUCUUGUCUAAACGUGAAGUACAAGUUUUAUCCAUGUGCAGUUUUAAUUCUGUGUGGACAUAGAGACCAUAUGUAUUCCACUGGAUAUUCUGUUUGUAUGUACCUUCUGUAUACCAAGUGAGGAUUUUUGGUUUAAUUUUUGGUUGGAAGGUUUUUUUUUUCCUUUUGCGAUUACAAUAAAUAUUCAAGAGACUAUAUUCAUGAA